GAAAAAAAAAAAACUUUACAAAAUUAUUUUAAAAUGUUUCUGGCCGCGCUCUGUUUCUCGUACUUCUCUAAAGCGUUUUCGGGGAGUUACAUGAAAAGUUCCAUUACGCAGAUCGAGCGCCGCUUCGACAUCUCCUCCUCCACGGUGGGAAUGGUGGAUGGAAGUUUUGAAAUUGGAAAUCUGCUGGUGAUCGCCUUCGUCAGCUAUUUCGGGGCGAAGCUGCACCGACCGCGGAUCAUCGCCGCUGGCUGCAUUGUGAUGUCGCUGGGGAGUUUCCUCACCGCCAUGCCACACUUCUUCAUGGGACCGUAUAAAUAUGAAUCGUCGAGGGCUCAUACCGCAUCGUCGCUCAGUAAUGUCACGGAGAGCAUCUCCCCAUGUAUGUCCAAUCAGAUUCCUCUCUCUCCUCCGGACAUAGAGUGCAGCAAGACAGGCAACAACAUGUGGGUGUACAUCCUAAUUGGGAACAUGCUGCGUGGAAUCGGAGAGACUCCCAUCACCCCGUUGGGUAUUUCAUACAUUGAUGAUUUUGCCGAAAGUGAAAACACGGCUCUCUAUCUGGCGUUUCUGCAUGCGGUGGGUCUGUUUGGUCCAAUGGCCGGCUUCAUGUUGGGUUCCUUCUUUGCCAAACUCUACGUUGAUGUUGGCUUUGUGGAUAUGGACGAGGUGACCAUCUCCCCGCAGGACACGCGAUGGGUGGGCGCCUGGUGGAUGGGAUUCCUUGUCGCCGGUGUAGUCAGCCUGCUGGCGGCCAUUCCAUUCUGCUUCCUGCCGAAGAGUAUGAAGAAGCCGGAGGGACAGAAGUCCCCCAACUUACUGAUAUUUAAAGAGAAAGAAAUGAUGGAGCCUCAGAAAAAGGCGACUAUAAAAGGCUUUAUCCUGGCGCUGAAGAAACUGGCAUGUAACCGUCUGUAUGUCCUGCUGAUGGUCAUGACCCUGCUACAAGUGAACAGCUUCAUUGGCUUCAUAACAUACAAACCUAAAUACAUGGAGCAGCAGUACGGACAGUCCAUCUCCAGGUCCAACUUCAUCACUGGAGCCUCCUCCUUACCGGCGGCCGCUACCGGCAUAUUCCUCGGAGGGCUGAUCAUGAAGAAGUACAAGUUUGGUAUACUGUCAGCGUCUAAAAUGGCUUUUACUGCAACGCUUGUCUCCUUCCUCCUGUCUCUUUCUGUGUUUAUGAUUGGCUGCGAGAACAAAGAUGUCGCUGGGAUCACGGUGACUUACAACGGGAAUAAAGUGGAAACAUUUCAGGAGAGUAAUCUCUUCUCUUCUUGUAACUCUGACUGCCACUGUCCGUCCAGCAGGUGGGAUCCGGUGUGUGGGGAGAAUAAUAUAACAUACAUGUCAGCAUGUUUUGCUGGUUGCAAAUCAUCCUCAGGGACUGGAAAGGCCAUUGUUUACCAUAACUGCUCGUGUAUCGAAUCUGUGGGUUUCCUAUCGGCCAAUUCGUCCGCCAGGCUGGGCACCUGUCCACGCACUGAGAAAUGCGCCAGCAUGUUUAUAAACUACAUUAUCAUACAGGUCAUCAGCACCUUUAUCUUUGCGUUCGGUGGAUCUGCAUCCUACGUCAUUGUCCUCUGGUCGGUGAGUCCAGAACUUAAGUCACUAGCGAUGGGGGUCUAUAUGUUACUAGUGAGAACGUUAGGUGGAAUUCCCGCUCCCAUUUAUUUUGGAGCCAUAAUAGAUAAAACCUGCCUGAAAUGGGGGACAAAGUUCUGUGGAGGAAAAGGGGCCUGUCGGAUGUACGAUGCUGAAUCCUUCCGAAAUUCCUUCUUAGGUCUCACAACUGGGAUCAGAGCCCCAUCGUUCAUCCUAUUCUUUUGGUAUAUAUGUAUGGUUAAGAAGAGAGUUUCAAAAAAAUCACCAGAAGAUGGUGUGCAGGAGGAAAAUGGCGGCACCAUGAAGAAGGCACACCCAGAAGACGCCACUAAAGAGGAAUGUGUAGCACUGGAAGUGGAGAAGGAAUCCUGCAUGUGAUGGAGUUCUAUCAUGACUACCCUCCCCCUUC